UCUGCUUCAAAAAAAAAAAAAAUCCAACCUUUCCUCUCAUAUCUGCAAUUCCCCAUUCCUUCCUAGAAAUCAUUGAAGCCAAGUCAAAUGCCCCCACUUAUUUUGGUUACAGAACCCUUGUCACCAACUCCGAAUAAAACUAAUCCCACCUCCCAAUAAUUCAGCCCAAUAAUUUUAAAUGCCUAACUGCCCGACAUUGUUGAAAAAUAUCAGAAGAAGAGUCGAAACCUUAGUCAUCAAGAGUUUUAGGAAACGUAAAAAACCCACAACACCCACGCCGCCGCUGCCACCACCACCUGAACCCCCCGCCACCACCAUGCCACCACAAGCCCAAGCUUUCAGACCAUUCCUCUUCCCCCAGACUCAAUCCAGCGUUCUUCCCGACCCCUCCCGCUUCUUCUCCCCUACCCUCCUCUCUACCCCUCUUCCCACAAAUUGUUUCUUCCAAAACUUCACUCUCAAGAAUGGUGAUCAGCCCGAGUACAUCCACCCCUACCUCGUUAAAUCCUCCCUCUCCUCUCUUUCCCUAUGCUACCCAUCUCGCUUCUUCAACUCAGCUUUCAUCUACCAGAUUUUCAACCCUGACCUCACCAUCUCUGCCUCAGACAACACCCAGCCAGAUUCCCAAAAAACCCACAUCAUCUCCUCCUUCAGUGAUCUCAGUGUCACUCUGGACUUUCCCUCUUCCAACCUGAGGUUCUUUCUCGUUCGGGGAAGCCCGUUUCUGACUUGCUACGUCUCCGGCGGCACUGCCAUUUCGAUAUCGACCAUCCACGCCAUUUUAUCAUUCUCUUCUAACACCGCUCUUACCAAGUACACUGUCAAGCUCAACAACAAUCAGACAUGGCUCAUAUACACGUCCUCGCCGAUCAGUUUCUCACAGAGCCUCUCUUUGAUCACUUCUACCGGGUUUUCCGGCAUAAUUCGGAUCGCCGCAUUGCCGGAUUCGGAUCCAAAACAGGAGGUGAUCCUCGACCGGUACAGUGCUUGUUACCCGGUUUCUGGUGAUGCUGUGUUCACUAAGCCAUUUUGCUUGGAGUACAAAUGGGAGAAGAAAGGGUGGGGGGAUUUACUUAUGUUAGCCCACCCUCUUCAUCUUCGGCUACUAGCAGGUGAUGGUUCUGGCGUUACUGUUUUGGGGGAUUUGAAGUAUAAGAGUAUUGAUGGUGAGCUUGUUGGUGUUGUUGGAGACUCUUGGGAAGUGAAACCAGCCCCCGUAUCAGUUAAUUGGCAUUCAAUUAGAGGUAUAAAAGAUGAAGCACAUGCUGAGAUUGUCUCUGCGCUCUCUCGGGAUGCUGAAGCUUUGAAUUCAACGGCGAUAACAACCAGUUCGUCUUAUUUUUAUGGGAAAUUGAUUGCAAGAGCGGCGAGGUUGGCGUUGAUAGCUGAGGAGGUGGCUUUUCCUGAGGUGAUUCCAAAGAUAAGGAAGUUCUUGAAGGAUACAAUCGAGCCAUGGUUGGAUGGGACUUUUAGUGGGAAUGGUUUUGUUUAUGAUGCUAAAUGGGGUGGAAUUGUCACUAAGCAAGGGGCAAUGGAUUCUGGGGCUGACUUUGGGUUUGGUGUCUAUAAUGAUCACCAUUAUCAUCUGGGGUACUUUCUUUAUGCAAUUUCAGUGCUUGCAAAAAUUGAUCCAGCGUGGGGGAGGAAGUAUAGGGCUCACGCUUACUCGCUUAUGGCGGACUUCAUGAACUUGGGCAGGCGAUCAAAUUCGAAUUAUACGCGUCUUAGGUGCUUUGACCUGUAUAAAUUGCACUCUUGGGCUGGAGGGUUAACUGAAUUUGCUGAUGGACGAAAUCAAGAGAGCACGAGCGAGGCAGUGAACGCUUACUAUUCAGCAGCUUUGAUGGGGUUGGCCUAUGGAGACACGCAUCUUGUUGCCAUUGGAUCAAUGCUUGCAGCAAUGGAAAUUCAGGCUGCUCAGACAUGGUGGCAUGUCAAAGAGGGCGAUAACAUAUAUGAGGAGGAUUUUACUAGAGAGAACAGGGUGGUGGGCGUAUUGUGGGCCAACAAGAGGGACAGUGGACUAUGGUUUGCUCCACCUGAUUGGAGAGAGUGUAGGCUUGGAAUUCAGGUGCUACCCCUGUUGCCAAUCACUGAGGUCUUGUUCUCUGAUGUUGGUUUCGUGAGGGAGCUUGUGAAUUGGACGUUACCUGCUUUGAAAAGAGAGGGAGUUGGAGAAGGAUGGAAGGGAUUUAUCUGUGCCUUGGAAGGGAUUUAUGACAAAGAAGGUGCUUUGGAGAAGACCAGGAACUUGAAUGGUUAUGAUGAUGGGAACUCACUCACUAAUCUCUUAUGGUGGAUUCACAGCCGAGGUGAUGAAGAAGAAGGCGUAUGGGAGGGAGGCAAACAAUACUGCUGGUUUGGUCACUAUUGUCACUGAAAUUUGUUUGUUGUAUAAUUUGGUUUGAGUUAAAUAAGACACUAUGUGAUUGAACUUUUUAUACAAAAAUAUCAUAACAAAACGAAUUAUAAGCAUAUUCUUACCAUCGUUUGCCUCUCUUUUGUAUAUCAACUUAUGAUACUGUUGAGCUUCCUAACAACAGAUCGUUCAU